AUGCUCGACUGCCACGACCAAGCCCCCAUCCACUUUGCCGCCAGCGGCAACAAUGCGGCAGCAGUGCGGCAGCUACUGGAGACGGCGCCGGAGCUGGCUUUCGCGCCCGAUCGGUAUGGAGCGCCGCCGCUGGAGCUGGCGCUGCGCUCUCACGCAGGCACAUCGGUGGAAGCUGUGGAGACGGCGCACUGCCUGGUACUGGCGGCGCCUCCAGUGCAACCCACGCUAUCGACCCUCAAUGAGUAUGAACCCACAUGGUCUGACCUCUAUGCCGACCUGGUGGCCCGCCUGCCGCUCACCCAAGAGGAGUGGCAGCUCAUCCCCAGCCCCGGCCCCGGCCUGGCACACGCGCUGCCCGCGGUCCUGCAGCGCUCGGCGGUCGAGGCGGGGUGGCUGGUAGGGCGGCUGGUGGAGGAGCAGCGUGCACGGCUGCGCAGCGCGGCGCUCAGCCUGGCGCGGGCGCAGCAGGGGCAGCGCCCCAUCUCUGCGGAUGUUAGCCGGCGCAUCCUGGCGGUGUGCCUGCUGGACUCCUGA